UUUGCACAGCAGGCCUUUUUCACAUCAGAUUUGAAGAUGUAUGAAGUACAAGCAGCAAUAUGUAUUGUAUGCCUGGUUUUGAGUGGAUAUGGCAAUGGAGAGUGUGCAGCUUCAGACCAAAUUUCCUGCACGUGUUCAUGCCCAUCUGUGACCCCGAAGGUUGUGGCCUUCUCAGUUAUGAGGACCACCUCCAUGGGACCUUUUAAUGUCGACACCAUCAUCAGCUUUGAUCGCAUACUAUCUAAUACAGGCGGUGGCUUUAACCAGCAGACCUCUAAGUUCACAGCUCCACAGUCAGGCACCUAUGUUCUGUCCAUGUCUGUGAGUUCUACAGGCAGUGGGUUCUCAUGGGUACGGAUGUACAAGAACACUGAGAACCUUGUGUCUGUACAUGCAUACGGCGGGCCUCAUGAUAUGGCAUCUAACCAAGUGAUUGUGCCGCUGAAGGAAGGGGAUACAGUAUGGCUGGAUUUGGCAGCUACUGCGACUAUAUACGGUCAAGGUGGUCCGAGAAUUUACAAUACCUUUUCUGGGUUCAAACUUUAAAAGGUUCCAUCAAAGAAAUCCAUUUCUAAGAAUACCGGUACAUGUACCAUACAUUUACAGACAGGCAUGGCUAUUAUCUAUUAAUACUUUUAAUUCAAUCUGACUGCACCUUUAUCAACAUUGAAUAUUGUAAUUAUUAGAGAUUAUUUUGAAAUCCACGGCUAUAUAUAAGCACAGGAAAGUGUGCAAAUAAAGAGACUUAAAUUUAUAGCAAAGAUUUUCACAGGAUAAAACGCACUUGGUGUGUUAAUGUUUCAUUUGGUCAUGGGUACAUG